GUGUGGAGCUGAAGCCCUAGUGAGCAUGAACCUCAGUCUUCCUGACCAGAACAUGCACAACUCUAGUGAAGGCUGCAUAGAGGACGACAAGCCUGAUGUCAUGCUACCUUGCUUCCGCAGAAACAUGUAUGACGAGCCUCUGGCCUCAUACUCCAACGGGUCCAUCAUCUCUCAACUCCUCCGCAAGACAAUCCACAACAAGAGGGCACUAGAUGAAAACCAUUUCUACCUUUCUAGCUCCACUGCCGCUGACUCUGGCCAGGAGGACCAGAGCAGUGUCUCCUCAAAGGACAGCACAGUGGAGGCUGCCUCCCCCAGCGGUCACAUCUCUGCAGGAACCAGCCCGGAUGGAGAGCAUCCCAUGACUGACCACCUGCAGGCCAAGAGGGCCAGGGUGGAAAACAUCAUCAGGGUCAUGGCUGGCUCUCCCAACGGCAAGCAGCAUGGAGACAGUGAGAGGUCUGACACAGAGGCCAGAGACACCAGGGAGGCCAGGGAGGCAUACAGGGAGAACAAACGCAAACAGAGGUUGCCACAGCAUCAGGAACACAGCGUCGGAGGACCAGCGAGCAGAAGACCUGGAAGCAGCAAUAGUGAGAGCUGUAGCACCAAGGACGAGGAGUGUCACAAGUUGAAAGAGCAGCUCCACAGCAUGCAAAGGCUUCUGCGUCAGCUCCAGGAAAAGUUCCUUCAAGUUUACAACCAGGACGAUCCUGAGCACAACGACAGAGAUGAGACAGAAAUAGCUGUUGAGCACGACACCCUGGCAGAAAGCACAGAGUCACGCUACAUAAGCGCUGAAGAUGAUUUUGAGAGGAAGAACAGCAGGGUGUCUGCAGAGUGUAAGGACAGAAUGAAAGUAGUUGGUUAUCUGGUGCACCAAAGAGAAAGUCAGAACCUACAGGAAACCCUGAAGCAGGAGCUCUCCCGGGCUGUUAAUGAGUGUGUGGAUAGGGUGUUCAAGAAGGUGUCUUCCACAGGGCUGGACCUGUCCCCUCAGCCGUGCAUGUGCUCAUCUCCAGACAUGCAGAUGAGCAUUGGUGCAGACAGGAAGAGCCAGCAGGCCGGCUCCACCCAGGAGCAGCCCCAGUCUGAGGAGGCUGCACUCAAACCCCGCGCUUUGGAGUUCUAUGAAAGCUCUGAGGCUCAAAGCCCACAGGACCAGACGGAGGCACUGUCACUGGUGGUCCGCAAGCCGACAGUGACCCCACUGAGCUCAGUCACCCCAACAGUGAAGAGGCCCUAUCCUGUGCACCAGACGCCAUUUCAGUUCAAUUACAGCACGCCUCUGCACGACAGCCAGAUCCUAGAGCACCUUCUCAAGUAUGGGCCACAUUCCAACUUUGGGGGCCUGCCUUGCAUGCCCCCAUCAAUUGACAGGACCUCCCCAGACUCAGUAGACCUGCCCUGGGACACCCUCACCAUGAGGUCCAAGGUGACAUCCAGCCACCUCAGCCACCACCCUCGUCCCUCCACCCUGGGGGCAGUGACGGUCGACAAUCUGUGUCUCCCUCACGUCAAGAUCGAGUGUGGUGAUCUGCAGAGCAUGGCCGAACGAAACCCUUACAUGUCUCUCAACAUCCAGGAGGGUCUCACCCCGAGCCAUCUGAAGAAGGCAAAGCUCAUGUUCUUCUACACCCGCUACCCAAGCUCCAAUGUGCUGAAAACUUUCUUCCCUGAUGUCAAGUUCAACCGCUGCAUCACCUCUCAGCUGAUCAAGUGGUUCAGCAACUUCAGGGAGUUCUACUACAUCCAGAUGGAAAAGUUUGCCCGCCAGGCCAUUGUUGACGGCAUCAGUGAAGUCAAAGACAUUACAGUUAGCAGGGACUCAGAGCUGUUCCGGGCACUGAACAUGCACUACAACAAAGCAAAUGACUUCCAUGUUCCUGACAGAUUCCUGGAGGUUGCUGAAAUCACCUUGCAUGAGUUUUACAACGCCAUAUCUUCAGCCAAAGAUUCAGACCCCUCAUGGAAAAAGGCCAUAUACAAGGUGAUCUGUAAACUGGACAGCGAUGUCCCGGAAGAGUUCAAGACAUCUUCCUAUUUAUAGGCAUGAGUGGAGAAAUGUACAGGUGAAGGAGUUGGCGAUUUUUGAAGUUAGUCCCUCGACAGUAUUAAUUCAUCAUUUAUUGUAGUGCAUUUUUUUUAGUGAGGUGAAAUGUAGAUGUUGGCUAAAUGAUUAUUCUGUAAAUCUGUAAGAAAAAAAUACACACACACACACAUACACACACACACACACACACACACACACACACACACACACACAAACACACACACACACACACACACACACACACACCAUCUUAAAAGUUAAGAAUUUAUAGCCUGACAUAUUGUGUUCUACUUUUAUCAAAAAGCAACUAUUGAUUAUUAUUAAUGCUCUUGUGGUUUAUUCUAUUGUUUAGUAUUUACUCUUAUAUAAUCUGCCUCAACACAUUUAGAGAGUUACUGAGUUUGUGGGUGUGUAAAUUGUUUACAAAGAUGUAAUCACUUAGUGUAGCCUUAUUUAGCCAAACUGGAGGAGAUUUUUUUUUUUUGGGCAUUUAUCGUCAGUAUUAGUCAUCUUUUUAAUUCCAUUUGUUUUCAUAGCUGUGUGUGUUGUGUAAUUGUACAAGCGCUGCUGUUGUAUGUUGCAUAAUGUUCUAUAAAUUUGUUGUAAACUAUUCGCUUGACAGAAUGUGCAUGUGAAAAUAAUGCAAGUGACUGUGAGUGAGUUUCCUUAUGUAUAAAAGUCAUGUAAAGAACAAUCAUUUUCAGAUAUUUCAGUCACAAACAUUGUACUGGAUGAUUAUUGAAA